AUGCGGUCUCGAAAAUUCAGAAAAAAAGUAAAUGAAAUGCUGCAAGAAAUUGAUGUAUCUAUUAAUAAUUAUUUAUUACAGUUUAGUAAUUUACUGGGAACAGUUUAUAGACAAGGAGAUUUAAAAUUCACUCCAGAUGGAUAUUCUGUAAUUAGUCCUGUGGGUAACAGAAUUACUAUUUUUGAUUUGAAAAAUAACAAGUCAUCAACACUUGCAAUUGAAAGCCGAUUUAAUUAUGUCUCAUUGGAUUUAUCCCCUAACGGCAAUGCCCUAGUUGCAGUUAAUGAAGAUGGUGAGGCUUAUUUUAUUAGUUUAAUAUCAAGGACUGUCGUGCACAAGUAUCAUUUCAAAAGACCAGUACCAGCGAUUAAAUUUAGCCCUGAUGGCAAACAUUUUGCAGCUUGUAAAGAAAACAAUGUGUUUAUAUUCAAAGCUCCAGGGCCAUACAGUGGAGAAGUCAAUGCAUUUGCAAUGGAAAGAGUUUUUCAUGGUUCAUUUGAUGCAACGACAUGCAUUGAAUGGGCUCAAAACUCUGAAAUAUUGGCUGUCGGCUCAAAAGACAUGUCUACUAGAAUAUAUAGUUUGAAAAAAUACAAAAACUUUAGGCCAUUUUCAUUGGGUUCUCACACCGACAUCAUUGUUGCAUGCUUUUUUGAAGAGAACAGCCUAGAUCUUAUCACCAUAUCACGCAAUGGACAAGUGUGUAUGUGGGAUUGCAAUAUCAAACUUACGUCUUUAGUUCCUUUUGAGGAAGAUGCAUCAAUAAAAAAAGCUAGAGUUGAUGAAGAAGAUGUAGAAGAUGAUGGUCCCGAAGAAUCAAUUGAGAAAUCUCAAUCUAAAGAAUCAAAUAACAUGAAUAAUCAAGAGAAAAUUACUGAAUUCGUAGAAGAUGAGACUGUUCAAGAAAGGGAUGAUCAAGGAAAGAUUAUAUUGAAAACAGAUGAUCAGAAGCAUAGUUUCUUUUAUCGAAGACAUUCCAGACAUUAUUUAGCUGAUGAAGUAAGAAAGGAGGAUAAAAAUGCUGUAUUAACAGCUGCAACAUACCAUAAAAAGACAAAGAUUUUAGUUACAGGUUUCUCCAAUGGGUCAUUUUUCUUACAUGAGAUGCCUGAAGUCAACAUGAUCCACUCGCUUAGCAUAUCACAACAAAAUAUUACAGCAUUGAGCAUAAAUAAUACGGGAGAUUGGAUAGCACUCGGAUGCUCUGGUGUUGGUCAAUUACUAGUCUGGGAAUGGCAAUGUGAACAAUAUGUAAUGAAACAACAAGGACACUCUUCAAAUAUGACUUGUUUGAGUUAUUCUCCAGAUUCUGAAUUUAUAGUCACUGGCGGACUAGAUGGAAAAUUAAAGCUUUGGAAUACAUCAACUGGAUUUUGUGUUGUUACUUUCAGUGAACACACAAGUGCAAUAACACAAGUUCAAUUCAGCAAGAAAUGUUUCAUCAGCUCAUCAUUGGAUGGUACUGUACGAGCAUUUGAUAUAACGAGAUAUCGCAAUUUUCGAACGUUUACCUCACCAUCGCGCCCUGUGCAGUUUUCUUGUGUCGCUGUAGACUCUUCUGGUGAAUUGGUUUGUGCUGGAGGCCAAGAUAUUUUUGAACUUUAUCUGUGGAGUAUGAAAAUGGGCAGAUUAUUGGAAGUGCUUAGUGGUCAUGAAGGACCUGUUGUUAGUAUAAGUUUUUCUCCAAGUCCUGGUUCAUCAUGUCUUGUAUCAUGUUCAUGGGAUGGAACGAUUCGUGUAUGGAACGCACUGGAAAGCAGUGCUCAAAAUGAACCGAUUAUACUUGGCUCUGAUGCGUUGUGUGUCACUUUUAGGCCUGAUGGAGAAGAAAUUGCAGUUGCAACAUUGGAUGGUCAGAUAACUAUGUUUCAUGUAAAAAGUGGUUCACAAACUCAUAGUAUAGAAGGAAGGAAUGAUUUAGGCUCUGGCCGAACAGAAACUGACCUAGUUACAGCUAAGCAGAGUUUGAAGGGAAAAGCUUUUACCUCCUUGUGUUAUUCCGCCGACGGAGAGUGCAUAUUGGCAGGAGGCCAAUCUAAAAAUGUUUGUAUAUAUAAUGUGCAGGAAGGAAUUUUAUUAAAGAAAUUCCAAAUAACACAAAAUAGAUCUUUUGAUGCGGUGGAUGAUUUUAUUAAUCGACGAAAAAUGACAGAAUUUGGUAAUAUUGCAUUAAUUGAAGAAAGAGAAAUAUCAGAAGGUGGAAAUGUAGCUAUAAAACUGCCUGGUGUGAAAAGUGGUGAUAUGGCCUCAAGAUCAGUGAAACCUGAGGUGCGAGUUUUAUGCUUACAAUUUUCACCUGCUGGUCAUUCCUGGGCUGCUUGUACGACUGAAGGGUUGUUGCUUUAUUCUCUAGAUAAUGCUUUUGUUUUUGAUCCAUUUUUAUUGGAUCUUGGAACAACCCCUGAUGCAGCAAGAAAUUGUCUUAAGGAACAACAAUAUUCCAUGGCAUUAAUUAUGGCAUUGAGACUUAAUGAACUUGCACUUAUACAUGAGAUAAUUGAACAAAUACCUUAUGCUGACAUUGAAAUCACUGCCAACUCGCUUCCUCAAGAAUAUGCCAAGCGUGCUUUGAAAUUCAUUUCCAAAACGCUUGAGGGAACAACACAUAUUCAAUUUUACCUGCGAUGGACAACGGCCUUUCUUGAAAUGUUAGGACCUCGUGACCGUGGAACUAUUUUGCCUGAGACAUUAGUUGCUUUAGAAAAAAGUUUGCUGAGAAAAUAUGAUGCACUUAGUAAAAUUUGUGAUUUUAAUAAAUACACUCUUCAAUGGGUCAAGAAAAUGGGUGAAUUGGAAGAAGCUAAACAAACCCAAGUGAUCAAUGAUGAUGAUUCAAAUGAAGAUGAGAUGGAUUAUUCCGAUCAUGAUGAUAGUGAAACAGAAAUUACUGAUCUUUUAUCUGUAAAAUUAUAA